CCCACUUCUACAUUUCACUCAGACACAAAACAUGCACGAGUUCAACAAAAUGAUGACACAAAGUGGAACAGUAUACGCUACGGUCUAUGGAUCUGUUAUAGCACUUGGACUGCCACUCAAUGCUCUGUCGCUAUGGAUUCUUCUUCGCCACCACGGCCUCAAAUCAACAAACGCUGUCUUCAUGGUCAACCUGGUAAUCUCAGACUUACUGCUCAUCAUCUCCUUGCCAAUGAGGGCCUACUUUUACGCCACGGGCAUGUGGCCUCUGGGAGAAAUGGCAUGCAUCUGGCUCACAAUGCUUUUUCGCAACAAUAUCAGGUCCAGCGCCAUCUUCAUCACCUUCAUCAGCGUGGACCGGCUACUGGCUGUGGUUUAUCCUCUGAGGUCACGCCAUCUUCGGACCCCAUCCAUUGCCUCAAAAGGUGCUGCGCUCGUUUGGCUGAUUGUGGUGGUGGUGAAUAUCCCAGAGAGUGUGACACUUAAACAAUAUUUCAAUAACAGAAAUUAUACUCAAAACAAUGCUUCUACCUGUUUUGAGUAUAAAAAUAGUAAUAAUAAUAAUAAUAAUACCCUUAAUGAUGACUUCUAUCGCCCAAUCGCCUUUUUUCAGCUUGUGUUACUGCUCACCCUGCUGUGCAUCAAUAUCUUGUCCACAGUUCUGGUGUCUUGGACUCUAAACAGACAUUUGAAUGUCACCACAAGGAUCAACAACAGAGUAAAUGUCAUGCUGAUUUUUGCCAUGAACUUGUUGAUGUUCAGUAUAUUCUUCCUGCCCGUGUCUUUGGCUGUUUUCUUUAUUGAAAAAAGGGCUGCUCUGAAUUGUCUUGCUAGUGUGAACUGCUGUCUGGAUCCACUGCUGUAUUACUUUUCAUUUGACGGUUUCUGGAAGAAAAAAGAGGACACAGACAGACCCACUGAAUAGACAGCGAACGUGGCCAGCCAGAUUCCGCUGCUUCUUGUGCGACUGUUUGAAAGUAAGGUUGUAUGGUAAAAUGUUUUUCCAUAUUUAAUGAAACGUGCUGCAUCUCAUUUCAAAGUGUAUAAGCUCUAUUGUUAAAAAAAAUGUAAAAUAAUGUAAUUAAUUGUGUUUUGUUGCCUCCAUCAGACAUAAA